UGUCAAUUCGAAAGAAUAUAGGUAUCUUAGAAAAGCACCCAGAAACUACGAGGUACAAUAUUUUUAAUAAUUGAAAAACUUGAUAACUACAAUUUUGAAUUUAUUAUAAUUAUAUUUUGUAAUAAUAAUAUAUACCUAUAAUAUAUAAUAAGAAAUAUUUAAAUUUGUAUAAAAUAUAUAGUGAUUUAAGUAGGUAUUUUAUGUUAGAUUACCUAUUCAGUAUACAAUGCCAUAAUGCUUAUAUACACAAGUAACUAUAUAAUAUAAAAUGUAUAUUUUGAUGUUUCUAAGUGACAAAUAAGUAUUAUAGGUACCUACCUAUAUAUAACUAGUCUCCUAAUAAACAUUUAAGUUUAAACUAUAAUUGUUUUAUUUGUUUACUAAUAUACUUAGUAUUAUCAUGAAUGAUGAUGAUUCAAAAACUUUAGAUCAAAAGGAUGAUAGUAUUGCAAAUGAUAUAAAUCAGCAAAUAGACGAAACACCCGAUUCUGAUCAAAAUGUUUCACAAAAUCCAAAUGACCCGCAAAACCCGAGUCCGCAAUCAUCUAGAUCUGACGUUGUCAAUCAAAGGCGAACUAGUUUACAUCCAUUAGAAGAAGUAGAGCUCAAUAGAAGAGUUAAAAGAAAGAGGACCUCGUCUGCUUACGGUGGACAACCUUUAUCUGCGGAAGAAGACAAUAAUGAGGAGAAUCAAAGUCAACGAUCGCCACAGCAGUUUACAACCGAUAAUAAAAGUGUGCAUAACAUAAGGAGGUCCUCGUUGUUGUAUGAAGGUUAUAGUUCAGUGACGUCGAUUGAUAGCAGAUAUUUAGAUAGCCGUCGUACAAACGAAAAAUGGAAAGAUAUUGUAGUGUUCAUGUACACUGAACCAUCAAUAAUGAUUUAUUCCAAUAUUUUUUUAAUGGUAAGCAUGAGCAAAAUAUAGAUAUUAAUAUAUUUUGUAUAGAUGAGAAUAUGAGAUCUAACUUUUUACGCUAGGUAAAAUUACUCGACCAGUGGCAUAGCACCUAAUGAUUUAGUUCUGAGGGAUGGAAUAUUAAUUGCAAAUACCCUAGUAGCACCAGGAUUCCUACCGAAGAGUAAAUUAGUGGACCCCAAAACAGGAAAUAAAAAGCCACUGCGCUGUUCCGCUGUAACUAUUGUUGUGUAUAUUUUCUUCCUAAUAGAAUAAUACAAUUUUUCUUAUUCAUACAUUGUCCAAUGUUCAUUAGAAAAUAUUUAUUUAAAUUUUUAACAAUAAAUAAUUUUUCCUCGAUACUUACAACUUACUUAGGCCAAUUUGUUCAAUUUAUUGAUCACGUCUUCAAUAUUAUAUAUAAUUGGAUGUUUUGAAGCGCAAUUAGCAUUGUAAGUCUAUGAAUUUCCUAUUAAUUAAAAAAAUUUAACAAAUGCAAAUGUGACAAUUCGCGUCCGGUGAUACACAUUGUUGUUUUUUAUUGUUCUCGUUAUUUUUACUUUUUAGUCAUUUGUAAUUUUGUAAAACCUUUAUAUAGCCUUUUGGGAUAGCCCUUUGGGCUGAUCAAGCCCAACAUCACCCAAACUGAAAAAAAUCUUCAAAGUAAAAGUUUAGUUGAAAAUACUAAGAAUAUAAUAUUGUAAUAUUAUAAAUUUAUUUAUAACAUAUACCAAUAACCGGUUGAAACAAACCAACCUUGUUAGUUUGAAGGUAAAGAGAAAUACUUACCUCCGCUCCCCAUUCCCCAAUAUUUUAUCGUAUGGUAACAUUAUGCAUUUAAUAUCAAAUACUGCAUAUAGGUACUGACGUUAUGUACUAAAAAGUAAUAAUUCAUAAACGCAUAUAAUGAUGGUCAUUAGUCAUUACUUGUUAAAUCAUUAUAAUAGCCAAUAAGACAUAGGUGAUAGGUUAUAAAAAGUCUAAAAGUUAUAAUUUUCAACUUGGAUACGUUUUAAAUAAAGUUCUCAACAUUUUUUUUAGACUUUAAAUUGUAUUCUUGUGUAUAUAUUUUAAUGUACUUGCAACUUACUACAUAUAAUGCAGUAAUAUAGUGGGUUCAACGAUAAUGGUAUGUGGUAACACUUAAUAUUUCAAAGGCAUGACCUUAGAUUUGAUAGGUGUUUAUUUACUGCAAAAAGUGAUUAUAAUUAUUGAAAAAUGUCAAUGCUUGAACUUUGUUUUCCAGCAUAAAAAGGUUUAUUAAUAGACAAUAGCUACUAUUGCCUGUAAAUAUCUUAAAAGAAUUCUAAUAUUUUAAAAUGAUCAUCUAUCAUAGAAAAUAAUAACUUGCAUGGAUGAUAUGCAAAUUUAAUACUUAAAAUGUAAUAAAAAAAGGUGGACAAG